AGAAGAGGAGAGGUGAACAGCGCUGCAACUGUCACAGAACUUUGGAUAUAUUUAUCCACAGGUCGGUGCAUCUGUGGCCGCAGAAAUGUCUGCAUCUGCCAAACCAUUAACGUCGUUUCUUAUUCAAGACAUACUGUCGAUUAAAGAGGACAAACUCCCCUUGGCGCGCACAGCCCUCCGGGAACCAACACAACGGAGUAAAUGUACCACAGGUAAAGGCACACAACCCACGGACAAAUGGACCGACGAAAACCCGAAUCAAGCCGGUUCACUCGCAAAUGACGCUGGCUCCAAGGACAAAGCGCCUACAACAGUUAUUGGUACUGCUGAAACAGAUUCAAACGACAGGUCUUGCACCAACUCUCCGGAAUUAAAAAGAACUCUGUCCGUAGAGAACCUGGGCGGCGUAGGCAAGCAGAAGCGCUCUCGCGCCGCUUUUACGCACCUUCAAGUGCUAGAACUGGAGAAGAAAUUCAACCACCAAAAGUACCUGUCCGCUCCAGAGAGAGCUCAUCUAGCCAACAGUCUGAGGCUAACCGAAACACAAGUUAAAAUCUGGUUUCAGAACAGAAGAUACAAAACAAAGCGGAAGCAACUGGCAUCAGAAUAUGGCAAGGACAUGUUUCAACAGCCAGAGGGACUACCUUUCCACGGCACAGAGGAGGACUUGGUCAGAGCGUCACUUUUCGCAACGAUGUAUAAGGCUUACCAAUACCGGCCAUACUUUUACGACAUCAAUGGUAUUGGUGUAUGGAAAUCAACAUUAUGGUGAAAAAACCACCAGGCACUGGACAUUUUGAAAGCUUUCUUGUAAAAGUUUUAAAAAAUGCAUGUAUAAAAUGUUUGAUUAUAACAUAGACCUAUAUCUUUAUAUAAUAAACUCAUUUGCUUUUUAUUUUUUA